UAGAGCACAAGCGACAAGCAACGGCGAGACCCAGCGCAGAGGACAGUUACAAACACAGGCGCUCGCUUCAUCUAUGGAAAUUACGGAAGCCAUUCCCGAACGCUCGUUUAACAAAACCGCAGCCGAUCUUUCCAGUGAUAACCAGAACAUCUGAAAAGGUGACGGCAACAGUGGAAAUACAAUCUGAAAACUCCAUUUGCUUCACUCUUUCGCAGCAGUGAGAAGUAUUCAUGCACGCGCUCCGUCUGUGAGUUUGUUGGACUGUGCGCGUUAUUUUUAUUGUCUACUGACAAAACAGACUGCUAUAUAUUUUUCAUUAACCAUUCAACCAUUGCAUUUCAAAUAGACACAAUGGUGAACCCUGGAGGAAGUGCCCAGCCCCCACCUGUUGGAGCGGGAUCUCUCUCGUGGAAGCGCUGCGCGGGAUGUGGGGGAAAGAUCGCUGACCGUUUUCUCCUGUAUGCCAUGGACAGCUAUUGGCACAGCCGCUGUCUGAAAUGUUCCUGCUGCCAGGCCCAGCUCGGAGAGAUCGGCACAUCCUGCUACACCAAGAGUGGCAUGAUCCUAUGUAGAAACGACUACAUCAGGUUAUUUGGGAACAGUGGGGCGUGCAGUGCAUGUGGUCAGUCCAUCCCAGCCAGUGAACUGGUUAUGAGGGCACAGGGAAACGUGUACCAUCUCAAGUGUUUCACAUGUUCUACCUGCCGGAACCGGCUGGUCCCUGGUGACAGGUUUCACUACAUCAACGGCAGCUUGUUCUGCGAACACGACAGACCCACAGCACUCAUCAACGGCCAUUUGAGUUCACUGCAGACUAACCCUCUACUGCCUGACCAGAAAGUGUGUUAGAAUGCCGGUGUUGCUCAAAGCAGGAUGUGUGCCUUCAUUUCAGCCCCUCGCUCAUUGUCACCGAAGACCUUUUCGGAUCGGACCCCACCCCAAUCCUUUUCUCAAAGUUCCGCUACUCCAAACCAGAGCGCCAAUCUCAGGCUUGAGCUCCACCUUGACCUGCAAUAGCCAGAGCCCCCCCUUUCCCACCCUUUACUCCAAACUCCUCGAUCAUGGAGGGAAAAUACCCAUGAGGCCCUGGAGGGGGAAUACUGAGGACUCUAUGAACUGACCCAGGCGAGACCUCUGAUCCUGAGGGACUCAAAGACUGACACAGAGAGAGACCAGCUGGAGGACGUUGUUUUUGGGUAAAAAAAAAAAAAAAACAAGAAAAAAAAAAAGAGACAGAAAGGGUGAAAUUAAAAUGACAAAUGAAGCUGAUCCACUGCAGCAAUUUUUGAAUCUGCUUUCAUAACACUUGUUUGAAAAUGUAGUGGGGGAAUACUGACUUUUUUUUUUUUUCCUUUAUAUUUUUGUCCUACCUUGUCUAUUCUCCUUUUCUUCACAACAUGGUAUCUUCUCUUUCUAUAUUUUAGAUGUUGUAAAGGGAAUGUGUUUCAUUUCGGAUGAUAUAAAAAUCCUGAAGACUGGGUUCAAAGAAGUAUCCGUGGCUUUUUUGUGGAAAUCAAAUCAUGAACACUCUUGGUGUAUUUGUAAAACUACCAUGUACAGUAUGUAUGCAUGUAAAUGUUUUUGUCCCAUUGUGGCUACCGUACAUACUACACACAGCAGCUAACCCUAUUCCCUUUUCCCUCCAACCCGAAAUCACUCAACAAACAAAAAAAUGAAGCUCAUAGCUGUCAACCUAUAAAUGCAGAAUGAGAGAGAAUUCUAUUUGUGAUAUUUUCAGAGACAUUUGCUCCAAUAUGGUGUAUUUAAUUAAUAAAAAAUGAGAUUAAAAACAUCCCUUUUUUAAUCCUA